AUGUUUUCUUGUUUCUGUUUCAGCCUUCAGGAUAAUUCCUUCAGCGGCUCCGCCGUGACAGAAGAUGAAGACAAUAAGGAAAAUUACCCGGACGCCGGGGCUCUCCUAGAGGAGCCUGCCCCCUCCCCGGAGACACAGCAUGUAGAGCAGACUGUGCUGGUGGACGGUGUGCUGCGACCCAGCAUGGGCAACUUUAAGUCCAGGAAGCCCAAGUCCAUCUUCAAAGCCGAGAAUGGGAGGAGCCAUGGAGAAAGUCAGGACACAGAGCAUGCAGCCCCCAGCCCGUCGGAGUGUCGGGGGAGAGCAGGAACGCCAGCUCAUGAGAGUCCACAAAACCACACAUUCAGAGGCCAAGAAGCAGUGUGGCUUCAACCAAGAAUAGACCAGAGGGCUGCCAUUUUGCCAAAGGAUGCUUUUGAAACUCGGCGGGACUUAAAUGAGGAAGAAGCUGCUCAGGUGCAUGGAAUCAAGGACCCAGCCCCAGCGUCCACUCAGAGUGUGCCUGCUGAAGGGGCUGAUGCUGCAGACCCUGCACCAGUCCACAAAGACGGGCAGAAUGGAGCAGACAGUGCACCGGAAGACCUCCAGCCUUUGGGGACCAGCCGGCUGCUCUAUCACAUCACUGACGGCGACAACCCGCUGCUGUCACCGCGAUGCUCCAUCUUCAGCCAAAGCCAGAGAUUCAACUUAGACCCUGAAUCAGCCCCUUCUCCUCCCAGCACUCAGCAGUUUAUGAUGCCCCGGAGUUCUUCACGGUGCAGCUGUAGUGGUGGCAAGGAGCCCCAGACCGUUGCCCAGCUCACCAAGCACAUCCAGAGCCUCAAGAGGAAAAUUCGGAAAUUUGAAGAGAAAUUUGAACAAGAAAAGAAAUACCGGCCUUCACAUGGUGACAAGACUUCUAAUCCCGAAGUCCUGAAAUGGAUGAAUGAUUUGGCUAAAGGUCGUAAACAACUCAAAGAACUAAAAUUGAAGCUGUCGGAAGAACAAGGAGGUGCUUCCAAAGGGCCUCCUAGAAACCUAUCCUGUGAGCAACCCACGGUCCCCAGAGAAGGGAAGCCAGAAGCUGUGGGCCCUGAGCCAAGCUCCUCGGGAGAGGAGACUCCAGAUGCCGUGUUGACUUGCUUGGAUAAGAGACAGCAGCUUCCCUUUGAGGAAGAUUCUAAGGUAACUAAGCAAGAUAAGAACCUCGUAAAGCCUCUUUAUGAUCGAUGCCGGAUUAUCAAGCAAAUCUUGUCAACACCUUCCCUGAUUCCAACAAUUCAGGAGGAAGAGGACUCUGAUGAAGACUGUAUACAAAGAAACCAACAGCUUUCUUUGCCAAAUCCAGCAUCUUACCUUCCUGGUGGUGAUCACCUCACCUAUUCUGGGACUGAACCUGCAAGAGGCCUGCUACCAGACGAAAAGAAAGAAAUCAAACCACCAGCCCUCUCCAUGUCUAAUUUACAUGAGGCCACCAUGCCGGUACUUCUUGACCAUCUCCGAGAAACGAGGGCUGACAAGAAGAGACUUCGGAAAGCCUUAAGAGAAUUUGAAGAACAAUUUUUUAAACAAACAGGAAGAAGUCCACAAAAGGAAGAUAAGAUACCCAUGGCAGAUGAGUACUAUGAAUAUAAGCACAUAAAAGCCAAACUGAGACUUUUAGAGGUCCUAAUCAGCAAGCAAGAUGUGGCCAAAACUAUUUGA